UUUAGCAUUUUUCUCGAACACCACAAAGCGGCCUUUGAGGUGGCGGGAACGGAGGGAAAAAUCAAGCUCACCAACUUCGGAGCCAGGUAGCUUCACACAGAUGAGAUCAUUCGCCAUGAAUGCCUACGUCAUUUUGACUCUCCUCAUCAUGGGACAUUUGUGCCAAGUUCAAGCGGCCACGCUGAGUGGGCCACCAAUGACCACGGAUGAUGCGAAGGAACUGCUAACCGAAGAACUUUCUCGUUACAUCAUGGACCACCGUGGCGACCUCAUCGAGGCUCUGAAGGGAAUCAAAGGCGCAGCCGAUGAGACCAAUGAGCAUAUCCAUCGAGUCGUUGUGUCCGUAUCGAAGAAAAUCGUAGAAAGAGUCGCAGAUGCAACUAUUGGAUUCGUUGUCAACAAGUUACUUGGACAUUUACUAGAUAGACCUACCGAGCCAUCUUUCUGAAUGCAGUAAAUUGUUCGUCAUUUAUAAUUAGCAAGCCACCUGUUUAUUUACCACCCAAGUGUACUGUCGUGUGCUUGCGUGAAACCUUUUUUGCGACCGUAUAUCGCUCGUUACUUCUAGUAAAAUUCGCUACCCGCACUCUGUAUUUGUUUGUUUGUUUUCAUUGAACUGUCAUAAAUCGUACUUCUUCUAAAUCCACCAAAGCGUGCUCCUGUGUUGAAAUAAAAUGCAAGUCGAGAGGUAGCACUUAUUCCGCUGUCACACGAGCACUUUUGAUCGCGAUCAGGCUGGAUCCUCAUUAAACUUUUUGAUCACGGUCAAUAAGUUACUUGCGCCCAAACGGCACCGCCUAAUUCGGACCGAAAUUAAUGGACAGGUCAGUGAAAUCACGAUGACUAAUCCAAAUAGACAGGAGUAGAGCACGACCGACUUGAUCCGUGCCGGACCUGUUCACAAUCAAGUGUGACUGUGAAGCAGCACCUCAUCCGUAUCGAGUUUUAUUCGGACCGUUCCUGAUCGCAAUCAAAUGCUUCCGUGUGACACCGGUAUUAAAGCAGUGAGAUACGCCUUGUAACUGCCGAAAGCCGACGUAGCCGGCAGAUGUCUGCCGUAUAACCCAAUAAAAGCUGCAUGCUUCUUCAUAU